AUGCAUUGUAGCGUUUGUGAAGCAACAACACACAACAGCAGGUUUCACAAAAAAGACAAGGAUCCUCAAGCUUCUCAAGCUAUUGGAAGUCAAGCUCCUCAAGCUUCUCAAGCUAUUGGAAGUCAAGCUCCUCAAGCAUUUCAAGCUAUUGGAAGUCAAGUUCCUCAAGCUCUUGGUAUUUAG